AUGCACAGCCUUCCAAUUCAAGAGGGGGAGAAGGAGUUAGUCUCAGAGUUUGUGCUCCGAGAUGAAUCGUCUAACGAAGAAGUACUCGAGGUUGAAAAUCUUGAACCUCUUGCGUUGGGUGAUGAAAAAGAUGAAGACCUACAGAAACGUUCAGACGAAGUCGAGAUAGGAAAAAAAAUCAAGACCAAGCUAAAUGGCGAUGCAUUCCGAGCUACUCAAUCUAUGUUUCCACCAAUACUUGCUCUGAGGAUUGCUCAAAUCGAUGUUGGUCCUCUAACUCGGAAACCUAAAGAUCUCCCUAAAGGUCCUUUGGUUCCCCAUUCAUCGGCAUUUAUCAUCACCGAAUCCGGUCAACAAAUCAUUUUUGGCAUGAGCGAAACCGCACAAGACAAAGGCAAAUAG